CAAGGCAGGUGGGCCUUGUUGGCUUUCGUAUCUUGGCCUGACGAGCGGCAGUGCGCAGGACGUUUCCCCGGCGUAUUUGCUUGAAGGUGUCUGUGAGGCCGAGGGUAAACUGGCUUAGCAUUGCUGGGAAUAUCUCCAUCGCUCCUUCACCUACCUCACUGUUCGAGAAGGAACAUUUUCACGGAGUCGACUACUCCCGAUGAUCAGUAUUCGAAUACAGAACUGAUUGAUUAAAUUUUGUUGGAGGUGACCAUUCUGCGCGUACUGGUAUUUCUGCUGGCCGAGCAUGCCCCGGUACAGCUGACUGACGAUACUAGUAGUGAUACCGUGUUUCCUUCUCAAUGGAUUGGGAGGAAAGCCUCGUCAGCAGUGAGGAAUUGUCUUCAUCCCAACCAGAGCAAAAUGCUCCGAUAUCUUCGUCAGCCAACCCUGCCGUUUCCAGUACGAGUAUUGACGAGUUGCCCAGUGAAGUGUUGUACCUUAUCUUUCGGUAUUUACCAGCGGCGGACCUUCCUCGCGUCAAGCUUGUCUGCUACCUAUUCUAUGACAUCAUCGAAAGCCAGAGGUCGCUAUGGAGACAUGCAGGUACUGCUGGCUUGUGGCCGAGAGAGCGUCAACAUGUUUCGUUGAUGAAAAGUUUGGCAUCUUACGGCAAUGUUCAGGCCCUGAGCAAGCUUGCUUUCGCUCACAUCUACAAAGAUGUGUACAGCGAAGAAGACCUUUCCUCGUCCAGGGAUCUUUUCAUCUUGUACAAUGCAGACCAGGCCAAGCAGUACUUGGUGCGGCUUGCCGAGUGUAGCCCUGGUAGUUUCACACCGUUGCUAUGGUUACUGAUCCGCCCCCCUUGGCCAGCUUUCUACAUCUCCUGCAAGUCCACGGUGUACUCCAACUUGGUUGCCAUGGUAACCAAGAUGAUUCAAGAUGAAGAGACACCGCCCAGCUGCAUUCUAUAUUCGGUUGGGAGAAUCAAGCAGUUCUGUGACCAAAUGAACGCUGCAUCUGGCCAAUCCAGUCGGCUUGCGUCCUCGAUGUCCAAAGUUCCCAUCGUACAGAGUUCAGCUCACUACUUUGCUUUAGCUGCAUCUCAAGGAUGUGUACCGGCUACUUUAGCUCUUCUGCAAGAAGAGGAAAAGGCCAUGCCAACAGAUCAUGGGAAGUGCCAGGCUCUAGUGACACAACUCUAUCAUCAGCUGUGUACACAGCAUCAACAUAACAACUACUGCACUGAGGCUGAGUUGUAUCUAUGCCAACAGUUUGCUCUUAGCAGCCGUGACAACGUUCCGUCAGACUUACAACGUCAGAAGUUCAUUGCACGAUGUUCACAGCGAUGUCGAACUACAGACGUCUGCACUGCAUUCUCUGCAUUCUCUGCAGCAGCAGCAGCAGCUACUACAACUAUAACGCGAUCGGCGACACCGGUUUCAGCAGUGACUACAGCGACUGCACCAUCACGAGAUGUAUCUGCCGUGAAUUGCGACAAUUCCACUGGCAAAGGUGACCACCAUCUCCAGCCUGUUCAGCAUGUUCAGCAACGACAGCCGGCCGUGGUCAAUGAAAACAUGAGGACGAUUCUUGUUGAUUGGCUGAUGGAGGUCAGUUGUGAGAAAGCGUACUCGCCUCUUGUCGUUCACCUGGCUAUGAACCUCGUCGAUCGCUGGAUUGUCUCAUUUGGCUGUGAGCGUACUCAGCUACAACUUCUUGGUAUAACCUCACUUCUGCUUGCUUCACGGUACUUUCCUGGUCAUGAUGUCAUCACCAUAAAUGAAGCAUCAUGGAUGACCGACAGUAGCUAUACAUAUCUUCAAAUUGUGCACAUGCUUGGGGAAAUGACCAGCCGGCUGCAUGGUGAUAUUCGGAUGCCGACAGUUUCUGAUUUUGUUGCAAUCUUCACAAGACUAGUGCCAGCUAGAACACACACCCUGGUAUCGAUGGCAACAUACCUGGCUGAUCUCUCUUUGCUUGAUGCUGGUGUUUCAAGUAUCUGUCCAUCCAAGGUUGCUGCAGCAUGUGUACUGCUGGCCAUGUUGUCGUUACCAUGCCAACCUACUCACCACAGAAAAUUUGAAAGCAGCAACAUUCCGCAUGAAGUUGCCUGGCCUCAGUUCUUGUGCUAUUGCAGUGGGUAUGAUCUUAGUGAUGUAGUGCAACCAGUCAUGUUGAUGCUAGCUCUACAUAACAUGUGUCACACUGAUGGACACCAUCCGGUUAUUACUCGCUAUCGCACAGCACAUCAUUCAUCUAGCAGUGGAGCCAGCGCAACGGCUGCUGAUCAGGAGUCUACUGCUAAUGUGGCUUGCACUGUCUUUGUCAAAUAUUCAAGUGCGGAGUAUGAUCAGGUGGCGCAGAGGACGUUGAUUAGUUUGGCUGAGUUCAUACAGCUGACAACCUACUGGUAUGGUGCGGGCAGUAGUGAUGAAGGUGAUGAAAGUUGUCUACCUCCAACAUCAAUGUGCUCUGGUUGCGAUGAUCGUGAUGGUGGUGAUGGUGACUGUAUUGAUGAUCUUGUGGUAUCACUGGAGCUAGGCAACAGGACAACAUCUCCACCACCAUCUCCGCCAGCAUCUCCGCCAGCAUCUCCACCAGCGCAGGCACCAGCACAGGCACCAGCACAGGCACCAGCACAGGUAGUGUUUUCACCAGAGCGGGCAGUAUCUGCAGCGUUAUCACCAGAGCGGGCAGUAUCUGCAGCGUUAUCACCAAAGCGGGCAGUAUCUGCAGCGUUAUCACCAGAGCGGGCAGUAUCUGCAGCGUUAUCACCAGAGCGGGCAGUAUCUGCAGCAUUAUCACCUCAACCUCCUGCACCAUCUCCACAAUCACUACGUGCAUCAGCAAGAGAACUGGAAUCAACCGGGACAUUGCCAGCAGCAGCAUCAUCCGCAGCAUCAUCGGCAGCAUCAGCAGCAGCAUCCGCAGUGGCAUCAGCAGCAGCAUCCGCAGCAUCGUCCGCAGCAUCCGCAGCAGCAUCCGCAGCACCAGCAUCCGCAGCAGCAGGAGGAGGAGAAGAAAUCAUGUCAAUAUCAUGGCCAGCGGCUGCACCAGAUAAGGCGCCAGUAGCACUGUCUAUGACGUCAUCACAGGCUAUGUUAACACUGCCUAUGAUGUCAUCUGCUAUGGAAACACCAGUGGUGACAUCAUCAUCAUCACUUCUAUCAUUGGAAUGUGCAAAGGAUUCACUGAUAGGCUGUAGCACAGCCAUGGUCCGCAGCGGAGGUCUUAGCACUCCUACUUACUGUGGAGCGAGCAGCAUCACUUGCAAUGCCAGCAUCAACACCAUUGAUGACAGAGGUGGUGCUAGCCGUGGUGACAUCAGUGGUGGGAGAGGUGGUGACUACGCCGAUGUCCGUUCAAGUCACAGAGUCAGCACUGGUCCGACCGCACGUCCAAGUCACAGAGUCAGCACUAGUCCGACCGCACGUCCAAGUCACAGAGUCAGCACUGGUCCGACCGCACGUCCAAGUCACAGAGUCAGCACUGGUCCAACAGCACAUCCAAGUCACAGAGUCAGCACUGGUCCAACAGCGUGCAACGUUAUGUCUAUUAUGUCUAUGGCUGACUCUACUAUGGCUGACUCUGCUAUGGCUGACUCUAGGGAAAUGGCACACUACCAUCAACACGACAACCAGCAGCAGCAGCAGUGCCAUUGUGACAUGAGAAUGCAGCAGCAGCAGCAGCAGCAGCAGCAGCAGUACCAUUGUGACAUGAGAAUGCAGCAGCAGCAGGCUGGUGUUGUAUGCGGUCGCAUCAAAUCACGGCCUUCAUCACCAGAGCUCAAGCAAUUCCUGCCCAUUGAGACAACCUUGACUCGAUCAAAGGUUUCAGCUGAGCAGCUUUCCACCGUCUGUGUAGUUUGUAACCCACAGCUGCAACGGAAUGACAAACACGAACAACAUCAUCCGCCCCUGCUCCACCAACACCAACACCACAUUAAGCAGAAGCAGCAACAGCGGCAGCAACAGCAGCAGCAGCAACAGCAGCCGCUGAAGCAUGAACAAGAAAGGUACUUGCAAGAGCAACAACUAUUGAUGAGUACUACAUCAGCUUGUAAUGGCAGUGCAUGCCCCAGUACAUCUGAGGGGCAAGCCGAUUUGUCUACCGGCUCCUGUUCGUUUAAAUUAACAACAGCACCAGCCGCACCAACAGACACAUCACUAGACAGCCAAUCAGUCCUGACAGCAAGGGCAGCAGACGUGGCGGCAAAAUCCGUUUCACCAGCAGCACCACCAGCAUCACGACCAGGGUCACGACCAGCAUCACGACCAGGAUCACGACCAGCAUCACGACCAGCAUCACGACCAGGAAUGGCAGCAGCACAGGCACUAUCUGUCGGAUCAUCUUCAGCCACGGUCAGUCCAGCCAGUCCAGCCACAAGUGUAUCAACAUCGCCAUUAUCGUUAUCACCACCACCAUCACCACCAUCGUCACCAUCACCAUUACUGGGUCCACCAUCGUUAUUGCCGGUGUUGCCGUGGUUACCAGCAACAGGAGCUACAUCAACAGUAGCUACAACAGGUACAUCAGGUGUAGAGCUGCUAUCCUCAUCACCCCAGCGCUGCUAUAUAAGUCAUUGUGGUGUAGAUGAGAACUUUCGUCCGCACUCCACAUCUCUUGCACACAGUGGAAAACGCCAGAUGAGAGUGGACAAUGAUGCGGCAUCGCCAACUAACAAGAGAUGCAGAAUGAACAUGCCGCUUACUCCAGACUCGCCAGCUACUCGCAUUGACAAACGAUCCACGCCAUCUACUCCAUCCAUGCGAGCUACUAACAUUCACCGAUGUUCCACAUCAACCACUCCGUCCACUCCGACCAAGCAAGCUGCAUACACUGACCGACGCUCCAUACCGUUCACUCCACCCACACCGACCACUCCGACCAAGCCACGUACAUACAUUGAUCGACGUUCCACACCGACCACUCCGACCACUCCGUCCACACGAGCUGCUAACAUUCAACGACUAACCACUCCGCCCACACGAGCUGCUAACAUUCAACGACUAACCACUCCGCUCACACGAGCUGCAUACAUUGAGCAACAUUCCAUACCGUCCACUCCGAACAUGCGAGGUGUUUGCAUUGACCGACGUUACACUGUGACCACUCUAUCCACACCAACCACUCCUACCAAGCGAGCUGCUAACAUUGACCAACAUUCCACACUGACCACUCCGACCAAGCGAGCUGCUAACAUUCACCAACAUUCCAUACCAACCACUCCUACCACGCGUUCCACUCCGCCUGCUGCAACACCCGGACAAAGCAGCAGAGAAAGCGGCAGAGAAAGCAGCAGAGACAGCAGCAGAGAAAGCAGCAGAGACAGCAGCGGAGAAAGUGGCAGAGAUAGCAGCAGAGAAAGCAGCAGGCACGGCGUUGUACGUGAUUUGGAGGUUACAUUCAGUGACAGAAAACCAGAUCUUGCCGUUCUCAAGAAGCCAGUUGCUGCCAUUGGCUUUCUCCACUUGUAUACAGAACCUGAGCAUGCACAAUCUACUUGUUCUCAGCACUUUGAUCAUAGUGAUACUAGUUUUAGUAGAAUGAUCCAUCAGCCUGGCGCAGCAAACCUGCUAGCUACAUAUUCAGAGAUCCCCGCAGAGUCUGCCAAGAUGGCUGAGACUGCGGAAAUUACGGAGAUGGCCGAGACUGCGGAGAUUGUGGAUACUUGCGCGACGGGCUGUGCUCCUAAGCAAGAUGAGAACACCAAGAUUCACAUGCAGUCGUCGUGUAUUGAACCAGGCAAUCAGCCUGCUGACCAACAACACAGCUACUGCCACCGCCGCCGGCGAGGAGGAGGAGGAGGACGACGGGCUGGACUGGUGGAUCUAACAAACCAGAAACCCGUGCCUCUAUGUGACAAUACGCGUGACAAGAAAAUGACCAGACCGGGACAAGACCAUGAAUGCCCCAACUGUUCCUGAUUUGUGUUGUAUGUGUUCUUGUCACAACUGUGGACAUGACAGGUAGAGGAGUUUCCCUUUGAACUUGACCUGAUAGCUGAAUGGCUGAACAUUUUAACUUUGAGUACAGGCUAGUGCAGGAGACUAUUAGUACCUGUACACCACCUGGACACUACAAGCUGAGUUCAAGAGUUCUUUAUGAUUGUGUCCCUAUUUGGAUUUUCAUUCCUUGAAUUGAGUUCCGGUACUGACGUUAUUCUAAUACCCUGGUUCUAAUGCCACAUGAGUCUAACACCCCCCCUCUCCGUGACUCUAACACCCCCACCACCACCACCACCACCACCACCACCACCACCACCACCGCACACACACACCCUCUCUCUCUCUCUCUCUCUCUCUCUCUCUCUCUCUCUCUCUCUCUCUCUCUCUCUCUCUCUCUCUCUCUCUCUCUCUCUCUCUCUCUCUCUCUCUCUCUCUCUCUCUCUCUCUCUCUCUCUCUCUCUCUCUCUCUCUCUCUCUCUCUCUCUCUCUCUCUCUCUCUCUCUCUCUCUCUCUCUCUCUCUCUCUCUCUCUCUCUCUCUCUCUCUCUCUCUCUCUCUCUCUCUCUCUCUCUCUCUCUCUCUCUCUCUCUCUCUCUGACUAUAACCCCCCCCCCCCCUCUUCUGGUGCUAAUACCGGAUAACCCUGUCAUGCUGACACCCUCUCCCUCGAUUCUAAUACCCCUGAUCCUGAUACACCCUGAUACACCCUGAUCAUGGUAUGUCCCUGUCACCCCCCCCCCCCCCCCCCCCACGUGCACACAGUGUCAGUUGGCAGUGACAUUGCUAGUUCCGUUGCCAAUGGCAUUGCUAGUCUCUUUGUCAAUGUCUUUGCCAGUGGCAUUACUAGUUUCAUUCUCAGUGGUAUUCUUAGUCUGAAAAUGCAUUUAGAUCGCGUGUGUGCUAGCCGUAGCAAUAUAGCAGCUAUGUUCUUCUUCCCGAAAUCCGUUAUAGUUUUAGCAACCCGCGUCUGAUCAUUUUUCUCAGUACGAACAUACAUGUACAUGUAUGUGUUGUCACGUCAUUUCUAAUGUGUUGUAUGUAUUUGAGUAGUAGUAGUCUCGUAGCAGUGUAGCAGUGUAGUUACAGUAUGUUACUUGUGUAUGUAUGUAGAAUAUCAUGUAGUUACGGCUCACUGUGUUGUACUGUACAUUUUAGUAUGUACUUCAGCGCGCGCUUCAAUGUCUUCCAAUUGUUACUUCCAAGUUACAAACAAUAGCAUUAGAGAGCACUAACAUUAAUUACUUACCCUACAUAGAUAGAGCACUAACCCUAUAUGGCACCAACCUUUUAAGACCCCAACCCUAUAUGGCCCCAACCCUAUAUGGCACCAACCUUAUAGCGCCCCAACCUUAGGGCACCAUCGCUCCAUCAUGGUUUGCUGUGCUGGGUAUAUUUUUCUCACAUUUUUUUCUUUUCUCGGCGGAUGCUGAGGCGACCAUCCAUCUUUGAUUUUCUUGUACCUUCACUGCACUGUGCAUAGCUGCAAGUGGGAUAAACAAUUUUAUCCGUAAUUUAUCCAA